AUGUCUUUCGCGGCGAUUGCGAUGCCGAGUAUGAUUGUGGAAAGGACUUUCGCGACUUUUUUCGUGAGGUAAUUAAAAAAAAAUGAGCUUUCAAUUCAAAAAUGGAUAAUAAAGUCAAGAUAUUCAAUGAAAAAAAAACAUUUUCUGUGAAAAAUCUACUUCAGAAACUACGAAUUCGUCCCGAAGUCCUACGUUUCAACUGUAAUUAUCUUAAUUGACUUUUCUCUAACGACUUUUUUGACGUUGGCCAGCUGCUCCAGGCUAUUUUCCCUGAUAACUGUUAUAGCCAUCGGCUUCGUCAUCAACUUCCUGGGUGGAUUGGUAAGGUUUUGGUUUGGAGAAUUAAAAAUUCAGCGAAAAAACCGGGAUAGAAGCAGUUUUUGGGUUCUUGCAACGUUUAUAAGAUGGGCGGUUUGAAUAGCGAUAAAAAAACCCUCAAGGGGCCAUUUCGAUUUUUUCACACUAAAGUGAUUGAUUUAGAAAUUUAAUAUCGAUAAAAACCCUUAAGGGACCUCUUCGGUUUCUUUAUCCCUGAAGUGAUUGAUUUAGAAAUUUCUUAUUAAAAAACCCUCAAGGGAACACUUCCAUUUUUUUUUUCACUAAAGUGGUCAUAUUUGAAAAAUUAUGAAAUUCCCUAAAGUGAUCUCUUAACCUUCUCGCUUCAGAUUUUUGCCAGACAAACGUCAUUUUUCUCCUUCCCUAGUGGUCACUCUAGGGUCCCCUGUUUCAUGGUCACUUAAGUGAAAUUUUUUUCAAACUUCCUUUCAAAUUUUUAUCAUUCAAGCAGUACAGAAAGAUCCCUAAAAGGACCACUAUUUUCAAAAAGGCCAUUAUUUUUGAAAAGAAAUCGAAUUAAAAGUCUAACGUGGUCACUCUAUAACCCUAUAAUGACCACUUGGAAAACCUAAAACCCUAGAGGGAACACUAGGAUCUUUUUACAAGUUCAUUCAAAUUUUAACUUAAUCUCCGCUUAACUACGACACUGUGUGUCGAGAAACAAAAAUCAUAAAAAGGCUCAUUUUUCCUCGCCAAGUGCGCUCCAUCGACAAAAGCCAAGAUUUUCAGCUUUUCAUCUACAUUUACCUCCGAAACCAGUCACUUUAUAAAGUCAACGGACGGGUUACAUCGGUUUUCGACAAACUUGAAGACUACACCUUAUCUUUGAAAUUUCAACUGGCCGAAAAUUUGAGAGUUCUCGGGGUUGGUUAUGGAAAAAAAACCUGAAUGACUAUUUUUAGGCAAUAAAAUACGCAGUGAUCGCGGCUGGGGCCGUGAUUUUCGGGUCUUGUGUCGCGAUUUGGCUUUCCGUCAUUGGUUGUUUGGGUUGGGAGGCUUCAGUCGCCUCUCAUUUCUUGUUGGAAUUUUUUCUCUACUCGUACGUUUUUUUUUUUGAAUUUCUCCCGGACAUUACUGAGCAUUUCUAGUGGUCACUAUAGUGGUGUCAGCACAUUUUUAAUUCGAAUCACUCGGACCUCGGUGACGCAAAUCAGACACGUCGCGGAUGCUCCGGAGAACUUCUAGUGGUCACUUCAGAGUUCUGACGCCGCUAAAGUGAUCCCUAGAUUGCUCAGAGACGUCUGGGAAGUGUUCAGUGCGCUACCGAGUUCCAAGGCCUACUUGGGGUUCAAUAUUUUUAUGAACCCUGAAAAAGAACAACUUCGCGGACCUUUUUAAGAAUUACUAGUGACCACUUCAGUGGUUUCAGCUUCCAAGUCGAAUCACUCGGACCUCGGUGACGCAGACGCGUCGCGGAUGUUCCUGAGAAAUUCUAGUGGUCACUUAAGAGUCCUGACACCGCCAAAGGGAUCACUAGAGUGCUUUAAAAAGUCCGGAACGCGUCCAAUUUGUGUUACCGAGAGAACAACGUCGUGGAUGCUCCUGAGCAUUUUGAGGGACCACUUUAGCGGCAUCAGCCCACUUAAGUGAUCAAUGCUCAGAAACUUCGGGACGUGUCCGAUUUUCUUUACGGAGUGACCUCAGAGAUCUCUUCAAUUGAAAAAAAGGACUAUUUCCAAAAAACUACAGAUCCCACUAGAUGGAGAGAGAAAUUCGCUAAUCAUCCGAAAGUAAAUUUCUUUGCGUCUUUUUUCGAAAACAUCUCCUUUUAGAUCCGAAAAAUAUGAAUCCCUGACCGAAAAUUCCAUUUAUACAAAGCUUUUGAAGUACUUUCAGUUGAUUUUUCAGACUUGCUUCCUGAUUUUGUUCAAUUUUUUUUCCAGUCCAUUUUUUUAAUCCGUUUUUCUUCACAGUUUUGAGCCUCGUUUUGGAAUUUCUCUAUGUUUUGAAGGCUAAUUUUUGGAAAUUUUCGACAGGAAGCCCCUCAAUCCAACUUUUAAGAUGAAGAAGACUGAAAAUACAGUAAAAAAUGGACCUAAUUCUUGACAUUUUCACAGAAAAUCCGAGUUUUUUUAAAACUUCAAUUCCAACAACAGUCAAAAACUUCAAACUAACUAUGAUUCUAUGAACCCUUGCAGAGGCAGUCCAAUCAUAACGGUGCUGGUGUUCCGGGUCACCCCGAAAUGGCGUCUCGUCUAUUCCAACGUCUUCCGACGUCUUCUAUGUCUCGGGAGACGUUACAACAACGUCGGCGCCCGUCUCAGCGUCACUUCUUUCUCCGCCGCUCAGCAAACUAAAAUCUAUUUCGAAACUUUGGACAGAAUGUGGUAG